AUGCAAAAGAUGUGUUUGCUUUACCUUUUCUUUUCCCUGAUACCUCUUUUCUUUCUUUUUCUUCCUUUUGCCCCUCCUCUUUUUUCUCUGGCACCUUUUCUCUCUCAUCCUUUUAUCUUUCUUUUUUCCUCACAUAUUUUUCACUCAGUCUUCUUUUCUUGCACUAUUUUUGACUGUCUCUGUCUCUUCUUUUUGUCAGGUACCUUUUCUUUUUUUCUCCCUCUCUUCCCUUUGUCAAGUAUCUUUUCUUUCUUUCUUUCUUUCUUUCUUUCUUUCUUUCUUUCUUUCUUUCUUUCUCUCUUCCCUUUCUCAGAUAUCUUUUUUUCUUUCACUUCCCUUUGUACCUUUUUUCUUUUUUCUUUUCUUUCUUUCUUUUCUUUCUUCCCUUUCUCAAGUAUCUUUUUUUUUCCCUUUGUUUCUUUUCUUUUCUCUUUUUUAUCAGGUACCUUUUCUUUCUUUCUCUCUUCCCUUUCUCAGGUAUCUUUUUUCUUUCGCUUCCCUUUGUUAGGUAUCUUUUCUUUCUCUCUUCCUUUUAUCAGGUACCUUUUCUUUUUUUUUCCUCUCUCUCUCUCUUCCUUUUCUCAGGUACCUUUUCUUUUUUUUCUCUCUCUCUUCUUUUUGUCAAGUAUCUUUUCUUUUUUCUUUCUUUCUUUCCUUUGUUUCUUUCUUUUGUCAAGUACCUUUUCUUUCUGUCUUUCUCUCUCUUUCUUACCUUUGUCAGCUACCUUUUCUUUCUCUCUCUCUCUCUCUUCCCUUUGUCAGGUACCUUUUCUUUCUUUCCCUCCCUUUCUUCCCUUUGUCAGGUACCUUUUUCUCUCUCUCUCUCUCUUUUUACCUUUGUCAGGUACCUUUUCUUUCUUUCCCUCCCUUUCCCUUUGUCAGCUACCUUUUCUUUCUCUCUCUCUCUCUUCCCUUUGUCAGGUACCUUUUCUUUCUUUCUCUUUUUUCCUUACCUUUGUUAGGUACCUUUUCUCUCUCUCUCUCUCUCUCUCUUCCCUUUGUCAGGAACCUUUUCUUUCUUUUUUUCUUUCUCUCUUCUCUUUGUCAGGUAUCUUUUCUUUUUUUCUUUCACUCCCCUUUGUCAGGUACCUUUUCUUUCUUUUUUUCUCUCUCUCUUCUCUUUUUCUAUCAACUAUUUCCAUUGUCUUCUUUUAUCGCCUUCUCACUUUCUUUGUCUUUUCCCUUUGUCUUUCUUCAUCACAUUUUCUUUUUCAUGUCAUUCUUUCUCCCUGUUUUUCUGUUGUCUUUCUUAAUCAAGUUUUCUUCUUCAUCAUCUUCUCACUUUCUCUGUUUCUUUUGUUUUUCUUCAUCACCUACUCACUUUCUAUUUUUCUUUUGUCUUUCUUCAUCACCUUCUCAUUUUCUCUUUUUCCUUUGUCUUUCUUCAUCACCUUCUCAUUUUUUUUUUUUGUCUUUCUUCAUUUUGUUUUCUUUUUUCUUUGUCUUUCUUCAUCACCUUCCAUUUCUCCUUUUCUUCUUUUUUUCCUUUGUCUUUCUUCAUCACCAUUUUCUCUUUUUCUUUUGUCUUUCUUUUUUUGUCUUUGUCUUUCAUCACCUUCUCAUUUUUUCUUUUUCUUUUGUCUUUCUUCAUCACCUUCUCAUUUUCUCUUUUUCCUUUGUCUUUCUUCAUCACCUUCUCAUUUUUUCUUUUUCUUUUGUCUUUCUUCAUCACCUUCUCACUUUAUCUUUUUCCUUUGUCUUUUUUCAUCACCUUCUCAUUUUUUCUUUUUCUUUUGUCUUUCUUCAUCACCAUUUUCACUUUCUCUUUUUCCUUUGUUUUUUUUUUUUUGUCUUUCUUCAUCACCUUCUCACUUCAUCUUUUUCCUUUUUCUUUCUUCAUCACCUUCUCACUUUCUAUUUUUCUUUUGUCUUUCUUCAUCACCUUUUCACUUUCACUUUUUUCCUUGGGAGCAAUGCUUUCUUUCACAUUUUUUUAUCUUUUUCCUCCUUUCUUCCUCCCACCGUCUCUUAUCUUCCUUUCCUCCUCCCACUGUGUCUUAUCCUCCUUUCCUCCUCCCACUGUGUCUUUCUUCCCCUUCCUCCUCCUGCCAUGCUUCCUUUCCUCCUCCUUUCUUCCUUUCCUCCUCCUGCCAUGUCUUUCUUCCUUUCCUCCUCCUGCCAUGCCUUUCUUCCUUUCCUCUUCUCACCAUGCCUUUCUUCCUUUCCUCCUCCUGCCAUGCCUUUCUUCCUUUCCUCCUCCUGCCAUGCCUUUCUUCCUUUCCUCCUUUCGCCAUGCCUUUCUUCCUUUUCCCCUUCCAUGCCUUUCUUCCUUUCCUCCUCCUGCCAUGCCUUUCUUCCUUUCCUCCUCCUGCCAUGCCUUUCUUCCUUUCGCCAUGCCUUUCUUCCUUUCCUCCUCCUGCCAUGUCUUUCUUCCUUUCCUCCUCCUGCCAUGCCUUUCUUCCUUUCCUCCUUUCGCCAUGCUUUUCUUCCUUUCCCCCUCUCGCCAUGCCUUUCUUCCUUUCCUCCUCCUGCCAUGCCUUUCUUCCUUUCCUCCUCCUGUCAUGCCUUUCUUCCUUUUUGCUUACCACCAUGUCCUUCUUCCUUUUCUCCUUCUACUGUACCCUGUCUUCCUUCCUCCUCUCAUUGUAUCUCUAUCUCUCUCUGUUCACAUUUUAUUUUUGUAUUUGUACAUAG